AUGCCUUCUGCUACCGCUCGAAGAUUGUACGAGGAUCAAAUACCCUCCUUCAUGUCAGUCUUCGACGUGGACUCGGAAAUCCUAGUCCAGCCGAGUCUGCUGAACGUCGUCGAUCCCAAGUUGGUGAUGGAGAUGGACGAUACUAAAUUAUCUAGAGACGAGCAGCCGGAUUUGCGGCCCAGCCUGUCAUCUGAUUCUGGCCACAAGCACAACGACAGCACAUCAACCCAGGCAACUGAGUCGGAAGAUUCAUCUCCCACCACCACAAUGUCUUGCACUGAUUCUUCAGAUCUCUCUGAUCCCUCCCCGUCUUCGUCACCGGAUUCUCCAGUGCACCUAGCCCCACUCUCAACUUUUGCGCCCAUGUCCUUUGCGCCGCCAUCAUUUGCGCCCCCGUCCUUUGCGCCCCCGUCCUUUGCGCCGCCCUCCUUUGCGCCGCCAUCUUUUGCGCUGCCCUCCUUUUCCGGCCUGAACGGCAUAGCCAGCCUUAAUCUAUCUACUCCCAGCUUAGAACGGCCCAUGACAUCACCCGCGCCCAGGAAACCUAAGAAUAUGAAGGGCCUCUCUAUCCAGCCGCCUUCGGGCUCGCUGACCACGUCCAUGGUGUCGGAGCCCACUUCUCCUUCGUUCAUCAAGCCUGCGAUACCUGCAAUGAAGCGAAAACCAAGUCAACUUAGUCUCAAGACGAAUACCUCUGACUUGGCGACUCGUGCUACAACCCUUGAAAUCCCUAGUUCGCCUUCGAUCCCCCCGAUUCUACAGCGCCGAGCUCUGAAGCACUCCACCUCAUCUCCUCAUAUGCUUUCUGGCCUGAAGUCGGCUACUUUUGGCCCCGCUGGCGGCAUGACAAUACCGACAGUGUUAGAGCGGAAUGAGACAGGGCUCUCUUCGUUCCUGCGGCCGCCGCGGCAGGCAUGGCCUGCGGGUACGACAACAAUGGAUACCACGACGAUCGCCGAGGAAGAAUCCCCAAUAAAACCGCAGAUUGCAAACCGAUCAACCUUUGAGGUGGAGCCCUUCCAUGAGAUGGAGAACAACGAGGAUCAGAAGACGCCAGGGUAUCCUGACGGCCCGAUCUGCAUCUACGACGACAACGUAUAUCUUUAUCUCGAGCCAACAGCAGAUGAGGCUGCCCGCUUUGACGUGGUGAUUAACGUUGCUCGUGAAGUUUCGAAUCCAUUCAAAUCUUUUGGAGAUAGUCAACAACUACCGGCUCCGGAAACGCGGGACAAACCCAUGGAAGACUCGCCUAUUCCAGACACGGCUCUUACAGCAACCAGCUUUUCCACUGCUUUUGAGUUCUUGCCAGAGGAGCCCGUGGCUGAUACACCAACAACCCCGCGGGCACAACCCUUUAGAGAACCAGAGUACAUACAUAUGCCUUGGGAUCACAAUACGGACAUAGGCCAGGAUCUCUAUGGGCUAUGCGAAACCAUUGACAAGAGAACAAAGGAAGGGAAGAAGGUGUUGAUCCACUGCCAGCAGGGCGCAAGCCGAUCGGCCAGUUUGAUCAUUGCGUACGGCAUCUACCAGAAUCCCGAGCUGAGCGUAAACGAUGCGUACUACUCGGCACAAGCAAAGAGUAGAUGGAUCAGCCCCAACAUGAGGCUCAUGUACUGCCUUCAGGAUUUCCAAAAGGAUAUCUCCAAAAAGAAGCUUUCCAGCGCGGGAUUCAAACCGCGUUCCGGGAGGAGCCCAACGAAGCAUAGACUAACUCUAUCGGCUGACAACAUCGAAGGCCCCCCCAAAGAGCCUUUGACUGCCCCGUUGCCGACUGAAGACCCGGCAGAUCAUAGCUCCACGCCAGAGAGGAGCCCGUUGAGGGCUCGGGGAAACUCAACUCCGAAUAGAGGAGAGCCAAUCUCGCCCGGCCCCUCAUCAGCACCAUCGAGCUUUUCCUGGACCGAGAAAGAAGACGAGUCGGAUCGAGGCAGAUUCGGCCGGUUCGAUCUUGACUCGAUGCUCAGACCCUCGCAGCCUGAUUCGGGCUUCGCCUCUGCCUGUUCUAUCUCGAAGCCCCCGCCAUCCCCUGGUUUCGCUCCGCUUUCGAUCUCGAGGCCACCGCCGUCUCCUGGUUUCGCUCCGCUUUCGAUCUCGAGGCCGCCGAUGUCUUCCGGAUUCGUUCCUCUUUCGAUCUCACGGCCGCCGCCAUCUCCGGGGUUUGCACCCCUUUCGCUAUCAAAGCCGCCAAUGUCGCCUGGAUUUCGACGUAUGCCAUCGUUUUCGAAGCCACCUCCCUCUCCGGGAUUUGGCACCCACCGGUUCGGCGCGUCGUCUGGAGGUGGCUUUUUGCCCCUGAGUCUCAACACUUCAUCCAAGCAGGCCGAGAGGAAAGAGGUCGUUGCCGAUCGGCAUGUCGCAGUCCUGCGCAGUUUUUCUGAUGAUACUGCUCUCAUGUCGCCGCGGGUGGAAACGAUGACGGCUAACCCCCUUCACGAACCAUUCACCGGAUUCGCCGGAAUGCAGUUUGUCGAGGUUCCUCCGACGCCGAGCGAUGGGCUCUUUUCACCGCGAGAGACCAUGUUCCCUCGAGACCCAUUCUUCCCAUUUACGCGGCCCUUGCAAACCGAAGACCCGCGCAGCCCUCCUACCAAGGGCGAAACUCCGAUUGUUCGGUCUAUUGAUGAGAUGAUAUAA